CAUGGUUUUCUUUCCUUGGCACUUUCUUGGCACUUUCUCCCCUGACCCACCAAUAUAAAUAGCCACAUGUACGCGGACGAAUAGCCUUCCUUAACCUUUUUCAGUGCAGAAAUCCGCUUUGGACGAAGUUAUUUAGCUGGUUGAGCGCUGAGAUGGCAUCGGAACUCUCCAACACCGCCGCAAGAAAGAGGGAAAAUGAAGACAGUAAAGAUGUUAUCAUAGAAAUAGUAGAAGAAUGCCCCGCGAUGGAUCAGAUCGAUGCUACUCAAUUCGAAAAAUUGAGCAGCGGAGAAUUUUCUGAAGCUCGGCGUUCGACCGGGGAGACUACAAUUGAGUCUUCCCAGCUGAACACACCGAUUCACAGUGACCAAGGACAGAAAUUUUUGGCUCAAGAUGUAUUUCUCAGUCACAGUGAAAUACAAGAAGAAUGUCCCCCAACUGAUCAGAUCGACACCACUCAAGUCAUGAAUUCAAGCAGCCGAGAAUACUGGCGUUCGACUGUGGAGAUGAUAAAUUCUGGCACAAUUAAGUCCUCCCAGCCAAACACACCGAUUCGCAGUGACCGAGGACUGAAGUUUUCGGCUCAAGAUGUAUUUCUGAGUCACAGUGGUAAGCAGAAGAAUUUUAUUAGGCAGCUAUACAGAGACCUCACAAACCAGGGCGUGUCCUGCUUCUUUGAUCAAGAUCGUGAAAGUUUGCCAGUUGGUGAAGAUUUCCCCUCUCGUAUAUUUGAAGCGGCUAAGACAUGCAAAGUAGCAGUUUUACUUCUCUCUAUGGAUUUCCUCGAAUCAAAAUGGCCAAUGCAGGAACUGGCUGCUUUCGUGGAAACGAAGAAAAAAACAAAUCUUGAUCUCAAAAUUUUACCCCUGUUCUUCCAGAUUUCACCGGAUGCUCUUAAAAACAUUACGGCAGACGAUGAAAAGUGGAAACAGUUGGAGAAAUCUGAGGUAAACCGAGCCGAAUGGCAUCAAGCUUUGAGUGCAAUACGGCCAAUUAACGGGUUGAAUUUUAUUGAAGGUGAUGAUGAAGUGAAGUUUAGAGAUGAAAUUGUGAAAGGAAUCUGGCAUUUACUUCCAACACCCCUCACCAAGGUAUCAUGUCUCUUGUAUGCAAGGACAAGCACGAAUGUGCCAGGAGGUUGAAGAUUUCUUCCACACUGUUCAUUCCGACAAAAGGAGAAUCCGUAUUGCAGGAUUGUAUGGAAUUCCGGGCCAGGGGAAAACUACACUUGGCAAGGCUUUUUGUAACUUCAAAUUGAAGGAUUUUGAAGG